AUGUGCGCCAAGCCCACCGCGCUGGAUGACGAAGCAUCCACGACCUACCUCUACGACAAACAGGUUCCACGCCCGGCCAGAUCGCCAGCCAAGGCCGCCCAGAUCAAAGUCCAGAACCGCAGGCGAGAAUACCUACAACGGCACCCGUCGUACCUCGCCGCCCUAGACCACGAACUCGCAGACCCAGUCCUCUACGAGCGCCUCAUCAAGCGCCACCAAAGCACGGAGGAGCGCCAGAGAGAAGGCAGGGCCAAGGGUUACGGGCGCGUGCUAGGAGCCGACCUGGCGCGCGGCGAGACCCGGCUCACCGCGCUGGCGACCGAAGCAGCGGGCGAGCGGCGCACCGACUUCGCCACGCGGCCGGCUUGGCGAGCCGCCACGGAUGUAGACAACGCGUGGGACGAGGAAGCCGGGACGAGGGAGGACGGGAUGCAUCUGUGGCAGGAGUUUCUGCGCGAGAGGUUUGUCAGGGGUGGGGAUGAGGAGUUUGACUACGGGGUCGUGGAUGGGGAUGAGGAGUUGGACGUGAACGCGAGGAGGAUGGAGGAGGACAGGUGGUUUGAGGAGGAGGACCCCGGGUGGACAGGGGAAGCCAGCGGGGAGACGGGCGUGCAGGAUUUCUGA